AUGCAUACACCAAAUGAAAGUCCGUCUCACAAGCCGCUCAAGGUCCUGGUUAUCGGUGCAGGAAUUGCGGGGCUCUCUGCAGCCAUUGCACUUGGAAAACAGGGGCAUGAAGUUGUGAUUCUGGAGAAAUCUCAAUUUGCAAAAGAAACAGGAGCAGCAAUUCAUUUGCCGCCCAACUGUACAGCUUUGCUGAAAUGGAUGGAUGUUGACCCUACUACCUUUGGCGGAACGUUAUUACGGGAGAUUCACAGAUAUGACAGUAAAGGAGAUCUCAUAUUUCGAAACGACUUUAGCGAUGUCCGCGGAAAAUGGCAAGCUUCCGUUUUUCGAGAACAUGUCUCACCAAGUACUCCAGCUCCACAUCCCACUGGAAAGUCUUGCGUUCGGUGGUUGUUUCCGAUGGACAAACUGAAAUUUUUUGAUUCGAAAAAGGAUCCUGGAGUUUUCCUCGAAUGGGCCGCCGAAGAUCGCAGAGUAGUUGCGUAUCCAUGUGCAAAUAACACCAUUUUCAAUUUAUGUGCGUUUAUGCCUAGUUCCGAAGCCGCUGUGCCUGAAAAAGGUGAUUGGCAAGCCUCUACGGAGACAGAAACCCUGGUCAAUGCUUUCAAGAAUUUCUCGGAGGGGGUGCAAGAAAUUAUUCUUCAGGCUAAAGAUGCGAAAUGCUGGGGAUUGUACGACAUGGGGGAUCUUACGACUUGGUCCAAAGGUUGCGCGGCAUUGCUUGGAGAUGCAGCUCAUCCAUUCCAACCUUAUAUGGGACAAGGGGGAGCAAUGGCUAUCGAGGACGCAGUAUGUAUAGCAACGCUUCUUUCAUCCGGUACCACAGUAGAAAAAGUGUCGUCACGUUUGAAACUAUAUGAAAGAGCACGACGGCCACGGGUUGAAGAAGUCCUCCGGUAUACGCGCAUGAACGGACGCGAUGAGAACGACGAAAGUAAAGGAGCUCGGAUGUCACCGUCUGACAUGGUUCAUUUCAUGAAUGUCUUAUUUUCACAUAAUGAAAUUGAACAUUGUAGUAAACUGCUUGCGGCUGAAUCAAGCACUUGA